GAGCGCCGAGCUGUGGCGGGGCCGGGCCGGGCAGCCGCUCCGAAGAUGCGGGAUGGCUGCGGAGGCGCCGCCGGCCGGUCUGUCCCCGCGCACCACGGGCUCCACCUGUCUACACCCGCUCAGCGAGCUCCUGCGCAUCCCGCUGGACCAGGUUAACUUCGUGGCCUGCCAGCUCUUUGCCUUGUUUGCUGCUUUUUGGUUUCGCAUCUACUUACAUCCUGGGAAAACAAGUUCCGAGGUCCGACAUGCAAUUGCCACCAUUCUGGGCAUUUAUUUUGUCAUUUUUUGCUUUGGCUGGUAUUCUAUACAUCUUUUUGUGCUGGUGUUAUUGUGUUAUGGAAUUAUGGUCACCACAAGUGUAUCCAAUAUUCACAGAUACACCUUUUUUGUAGCCAUGGGAUACCUUACAAUAUGCCACAUCAGCCGAAUAUACAUCUUCCACUAUGGAAUUCUCACUACAGAUUUUUCUGGGCCUCUGAUGAUUGUCACCCAGAAGAUCACCGCCUUGGCCUUCCAAGUUCAUGAUGGACUAGGUCGAAGGGCUGAAGACCUCUCUGCUGAGCAGCACCGACUUGCUGUGAAAGUGAAACCUUCUCUUUUGGAAUACUUAAGCUACCUUCUCAAUUUCAUGAGCGUCAUUGCUGGUCCUUGUAACAACUUCAAGGACUACGUAGCCUUCAUUGAAGGGAGACAUACACACAUGAAGUUGCUGGGUGUGAACUGGAAACAGAAAGGUUUCCACAGCUUGCUGGAGCCAUCUCCAAAUAGAGCUGUGAUACAAAAGUUGUGCGUCACCUUGGUGUCUCUCCUUUUGUUUUUGACACUCACAAAGACAUUCCCCAUCACCUGCCUUGCUGAUGACUGGUUUGUCCAUAAAGCAGACUUUCUGACUCGGCUCUUCUACUUAUAUGUGGUCAUGCAAGCCGCAAAGCCCAAGUAUUAUUUUGCAUGGACAUUAGCUGAUGCAGUGAAUAAUGCAGCUGGUUUCGGGUUCAGCGGAGUGGAUAAGAAUGGAAAUUCCUGUUGGGACCUGCUUUCUAACCUAAACAUCUGGAAAAUUGAGACUGCCACGAGUCUCAAAAUAUACUUAGAAAACUGGAAUAUUCAGACAGCAGCUUGGCUAAAAUGUGUUUGUUAUGAGCGCACUCCAUGGUACCCUACGGUGCUAACCUUCGUCCUGUCUGCUCUGUGGCAUGGUGUCUAUCCCGGGUACUAUUUUACAUUCUUAACUGGAGUCCUUGUCACAUUAGCAGCUAGAGCGGUGAGGAACAACUACAGACAGCACUUCCAUUCUUCCAAAGCUCUGAAGGUUGUUUAUGACGUAGUGACCUGGGCUACCACUCAGCUGGCUGUCUCUUACAUAGCAGCACCCUUUGUUAUGUUGGCAGUUGAACCAACCAUCAGUUUAUACAAGUCCAUGUACUUUUACUUACAUAUCAUAAGUCUCCUGGUAAUACUUUUUCUACCAAUCAAACCACAAGCCCAUGCACCAAGGCAGCCUCGGACUCUGAAUUCUGUUCAUAAGAAGAAAACAGAUUGAUACCUCGGAGAUGAGCUGAGAAAGUGAAAUUGCAAAACAUUGGAAAGACGAGAUGAAAAGGCUCAAGGGUUCUCUAGUUACUUAGAGGCAAUGUUUACACACAUCUUUUUUUUUUUUUGAACUUCAGGGAGUAUUUUUCUAAAGCCUUUUUGCAUUGUUAAAUCAGCCAUGUCCACUUAAUUGUCUUAAUUUUUGAUAGGACCUUUCAGUGGUGUGGAUGUGGAGAAUGUACCAGAGCUUCAGAGAUUGUUCAUUUGGGGCUGCUGGGUCUUUGCUUUUCUGACAUGAUUUCCAGCCACUGAUAUCUGGAUGCUGGGAAUCCAGGCAUUGGUUUUAGAAGUUAGAAGGUGAUUGCUUAGGAAGAUUGAUCAUGGAUUUCUUAAAUUAGAAUAUACCCACACAUGGUUAUUCCUCAGAAAGCUCCAAACUCUUCGACAUGAUGUGUGACAUUAUGGACAAAAUAACCACACUCAGAAGACCCUGGAGGAGGAGACAGAUCGUGGAGGGAGGUUCUCAGGGUACUGGAAAGCUCUGAGAGCUAGGAUGACUAACCCGAACACUUGAAUGGACUGGUGUGCCUGCAGUGAGGCUGCACAUUUUUCUAGGAAUGUAACCCUUCCUUUUUCUUCUGAACUGAGCCAAGAUGGAAAUCAGAAAGGCUCCUGUCUAUGUGUGGGAGAGGCCGCUGUUUCCAUGUCAUGUGCACCUGCUUUCAUUGGCUUGCCCAGGAAUGGCCUGAGAAGACACCCAGACAUUCCCACCAUCAAGGCAGAAGAAUGCCUUUUAAAGAAACAAAAAAGUAACUUAAAGUUAUGUAGAAGUUCAUUGAGAAGCAGCAAAUGUUUCUCUCUUUUCUCCAUUUCAUGCAUGGGGUGUUAAUGAUCAUGGCCAUGACAUAUACACGGGCUGAUUUUCAUUUUCCCAGUUUCAUAACUGAUUCAACCCAGUUUUGUUUUUGUUGAAUCAUCAUAUUGAAAAACAGAAACAGCAAGUCUUCUUUGUUAUGAAUGUGCUGUGGCUCCUUUUGGCAACUUUAUUGGGGGAAUAUUCUAUGCAGGACAAGGAAACGUGGAAUUAAAUGUUGUGGAUAAUAAUAAUAAUGAUAAUAAAUAUAUACUGCAAUGAUGUGCCCUCAAUCAAAUGACUUGGGAGGAGAAAAUGUGUUUAAAUCAGAUGGUAAAAAGCUAGUUUCUUGCUGAAUAAAUGGUAUGUUUCUAAAAAA